AUAUUGUAAGCAGUAGAGUAGCCUUGUUGCUACGAUCUGCUGAGAUUAAGCCCAUUGUUCUAUAGAUUUGUUCGAAAGAACAACAUCUCCCUUCUUUUUUUCUCUCUUUCCAUGCAAGGGGUUAAGGGGCGCGAGAGUGGGAGUGUGGAGAGGAUGGGCACUGGGGAGGUUGAGAGAGGCGUGGGUCAAAAACACACCUGCGUCUGUGCCUGUGUGUGUGCGAAGGACAACGAAUGGUGUGCCUCCAAUGGGGAACUAAGUUCUAAACAUAUUAGGGUUCUCUUGGGAAAUGUUCACAGAUAGUUGAUCCAGAUCGGCAAGUAAGAUGGAGUGUAUCAAAUGUUGUCCGCUGCGCUGCUACUGCUUCGCCCCCAGGCUCUUUGAGCAUGAGCUCAUUUCGACACAUGUCUAUUUAAGAGGCCAAUAUCUUGUCACCUCCCACAUUUCCCUGCACUGCCUAUCUCGCUUUCGUCCUUUGCACACAACUCACACCUCAUAUAUCACCAUGACAGCCAACGCCUGUAUUAUCACCACUUUCAACAUUCCUGAGCUGGCCGACCACACCGUACAGUAUCUCGAUCCGCACGACAUUUUCAAUUGCCUAUGUACCUGCAAGGUGCUAGCCCACCAUCUCAAGCCUUUUCUGUGGCGUAACUUCCGCAUGUGGAGAAGCAUCGACAGUACAACAGUAACACAAGUCAGGAAGUCAGGGUAGGAACGAAUGUCUGUAUUAAGGUGGCUGUGGUGUUUUAUGUACCUGAGUGUGAGUCAAGGAGACAAAAGAGCGUGUGUGUUUAUUAUACUCCCGGUAGGGGUUUUUAUAGCCCCAUCUGGGGCUUGGAGUAUUAGAUAGCUUAAU